AUGACCCGAGGAUCUGAUACACCUCUGGUCCCUCUUCUUGAAGACCCGGAAUCUGCACUAAGGAAGAGCAAAGGAAAAGCUGUUGGAGAAACCACUUCUUCAAAGAACUUACCGUUGAAGAAUUUGAAGUCCGUUUUCAGCAAGAAGAAAGGCAGCAACCUAGGAGCAUCUAGUGCGUCGUUAGUCAUCGAAGACCCGAUUAAAGAAGACAUCGAUUACGAGUCCGAGGAAGAAGAAGAACUUGCAUACGAGCACGAAUCCGAUCCUGAGGAGGAUUUAGCUAUCAUUAUGGCUAAUAUCGAUGAAGCUCAAGUGUUCUACUCAAGCGACGAUCGAUACGACGAGAAUUGGCGGAAACCGAAGAAGGAUUGGCUCCCGUAUGAAGAAUACAAGAAGGCGAAGGAGGAGAAAUACAAGAAGAAGAGAGGGGGUUUUAUCCAAAGGAAGAACCGAGUCAUGCCUGGUGAAAAGGUUGAGGCUUAUAGAGCUUUUAUGGAGCAUGUUAAAGCCCUACAAGUCAACGUUCCAUUUGUAGAGACAAUGCUUCAAACACCCAAGUAUUUUAACCUACUAAAGCAUCUCUUUGCUGCUAGGAAAGAUUUAGCUGAAGUCGCGGAAAUAAUAUUGAGUGAGUUACCCAAAGAGAAGGGUGAUCCGGGGAGUAUCAUAAUUAUGUGCCAAUUUGGAAAUGCACUUGUCGCUCAAGCGUUGACCGACUCGGGUGCAAGCAUCAACUUGAUGCCUUUCUCUUUCUUCAAGAAGCUGAAUUUACCGGAGCCAAGGUCGGUAAACAUGAAGAUCCAUUUGGCAGACAAGACAGCAAUUUAUCCAAGAGGCGUUUGUGAGGAUCUUCUCAUUAAAGUCGACAAGUUUAUAUUUCCAGUAGACUUUGUGGUGCUUGAUAUGGAAGAAGACCCCGAAAUUUUGAUUAUUUUGGGGAGGUCAUUUUUAAACACUGCAUGUGCAUUAAUUGAUAUAUGUGAGUCUACACUAACGUUGAGGGUAGGAGACGAGUCAGCCAUAUUUAGAGCUUUACCAGAGAUCAAGCAAGAAGAGAUCUCAUUUAUCGAUUUCGAUGAUGAGAUACUACAAAAAGAACUUGCACUUUUGCAAGAAGAAGAUCCAAGCAAGUUUUUGCUACCUUCUGGAAGUAAUGGAGAUUUUGACAAAGACUUGGAGGAGAUAGAAAAGCUACUCAAAGGAGCCGACUCAGAAAACACAGUGGAAAUUAAGAACAAACAGUAG